CGCUUCCGGUUGACCGCCGCUUCGGUUGCUUCCCGUCGGCUCGUCGUCCCCUCCCCCGCCCGGCCCUGCGCCCCCCUCGGCGCCGGGCGGCGGGUCGUGGCCCCGAGCGCGGCCGAGGCGGGGCCGUGUGCCAUGAGCUCCCGGAGCCCGGCGAAGGCCGAGAUGCGGUGACCUGCCAGCCCCCGCCGCCGCCGCCCGCCUCCAGCACCGUCCCUCCUCUCCCCUCCUCUCCCCUCCUCUCCGCACUUUGGGGCCCGCAGCCCCCCGCUGCCCGCGGCGCCAUGUCGACCUCGUCGCUGCGGCGCCAGGUGAAGAACAUCGUCCACAACUACUCGGAGGCGGAGAUCAAGGUGCGGGAGGCCACGAGCAACGACCCCUGGGGCCCGUCCAGCUCGCUCAUGUCGGAGAUCGCGGACCUGACGUACAACGUGGUGGCCUUCUCGGAGAUCAUGAGCAUGGUCUGGCGGCGGCUCAACGACCACGGCAAGAACUGGCGGCACGUCUACAAGGCCAUGACGCUGAUGGAGUACCUGAUCAAGACGGGCUCGGAGCGCGUGUCUCAGCAGUGCAAGGAGAACAUGUACGCCGUGCAGACGCUCAAGGACUUCCAGUACGUGGACCGCGACGGCAAGGACCAGGGCGUGAACGUGCGUGAGAAGGCCAAGCAGCUCGUGGCGCUGCUGCGGGACGAGGACCGGCUGCGGGAGGAGCGUGCACAUGCGCUCAAGACCAAGGAGAAGCUGGCGCAGACCGCCACGGCGUCCUCGGCCGCAGUGGGCUCAGGGCCGCCGCCCGAGGCGGAGCAGGCCUGGCCGCAGAGCAGCGGGGAGGAGGAGCUGCAGCUGCAGCUGGCGCUGGCCAUGAGCAAGGAGGAGGCCGACCAGCCCCCGCCCUGCGGCCCCGAGGACGACGUCCAGCUCCAGCUGGCCCUUAGUUUGAGCCGCGAGGAGCACGAUAAGGAGGAGCGGAUCCGACGCGGGGAUGACCUGAGGCUGCAGAUGGCCAUCGAGGAGAGCAAGCGGGAGACGGGUGGCAGGGAGGAGUCCUCGCUCAUGGACCUCGCUGAUGUCUUCACGGCCCCGGCUCCUCAGGCCACCUCGGAUCCUUGGGGGGGCCCGGCGCCCACUGCUGCUCCUGGUGCCGACCCCUGGGGGGGACCCCCAGUCCCUGCAGCUGCUGACCCCUGGGGGGGCCCGGCCCCCACGCCCGCCUCUGGGGACCCCUGGAGGCCUGCCACCUCUGUGGGGGCCCCCGUGGACCCCUGGGGCGGGACCCAGGCCCCCGCGGCUGGAGAGGGGCCGACAUCUGACCCGUGGGGCAGCUCCGAAGGUGGAGCCCCGGCUGGUGGACCGCCCGCCUCCGACCCCUGGACCCCCGCCCCAGCCUUCUCAGACCCCUGGGGAGGCUCACCUGCCAAGCCCAGCACCAACGACGCUGCAGCCGCGGGUGGGUUCGAGGCCGAGCCUGAUGAGUUCUCCGACUUUGACCGGCUGCGCACGGCCCUGCCGACCUCCGGGAGCAGCACAGGAGAGCUGGAGCUGCUGGCCGGAGAAGUGCCUGCCCGGAGUCCCGGGGCCUUUGACAUGAGCGGGGUCGGAGGCUCUCUGGCCGAAGCUGUGGGGAGCCCCCCGCCCGCAGCCACCCCCACCCCCACGCCCCCCACACGGAAGACGCCGGAGUCGUUCCUGGGGCCGAACGCGGCUCUGGUGGACCUGGACUCGCUCGUGAGCCGGCCAGGCCCUGCGCCGCCCGGAGCCAAGGCCUCCAACCCCUUCCUGCCGAGUGGCACCCCGGCCACCGGCCCCGGCCCCUCCGUCACCAACCCCUUCCAGCCCACUCUGCCCGCGACGCUCACCCUCAACCAGCUCCGGCUCAGCCCCGUGCCCCCCGUGCCCCCCGUGCCCGGGGCACCGCAGACCUACAUCUCUCCCAUGGGUGGGGGACCGGGCCUGCCCCCCAUGAUGCCCCCGGGCCCCGCCGCCCCCAACACUAACCCCUUCCUCCUAUAAUCCAGGGCGGGAGGGGGACUUGGUCCGGCUCAGCCCCCCACUCCUGCCCCGGGACAUCAGUGUUGUGAGUGCAUGUGAUGGGGGGGGCCGCCCUCACCCCAGUGCCCCUCCCUUCCCGGGGCCGCUCACACUACACCCUCUUCCUGUGCCCUCACCCGGCCCCCAGGAGAGAAACUGGACGCUGGAUGGGGAGGGCGCUGGCCAGAGGAGGACCCCUUUCCUGCGGCAUUAGGGAGGGAGGGGCAGCCGGGGCCCCGCCCAUUCUCCCCCCCAACUCCCGACAGGCCCCUCAAUCAGUGUUUGACCUCCUCUCCCUCCGCGCCCCUCGGGGAAUCCUUGGUGAUGAUUUUGACAACUUCGGGAAUAAAAGGCACUUCUCACGGC